AUGGCAGACCACGAACACUCGACAAUCAAACACCAAGAUCACCUCCUACUCGACCAACCCCUCCUCCGCCUCCCCUACGAACUCCUCCGCAAGAACUUCCGCCAAGCCCACUUCACGGUCGAAAAGGAAUCAACAGCAAUCAAGUCCCUCCUCAAGGAGACCGCGACGAACUCGGUGAACGGCCGCGCCACCCCCGACGAUGUACUCAAGAACCUCGACACCAUGAUCGCCCGCAUGCGCGGCGUCAAGCGCAAGCUGGCCGCCAGCGCCGACGAGGAGGCUCGCCUCACCCGCCAGACCGCCGCCCGCAUCUCACACCUCGGCGACCUCUACGGCAUGCAUUCCGUCGAAGACGUCAAGUACGAGGCCUGGAGCCGCGCCCGGCUCGAUCGACUGCUCGUCGACUACCUCCUCCGCCACGGCUACAACGAGUCCGCCAAGGCGCUGACCGCCGAGCGCGGCCUUGAAGACUUGGUCGACGUCGAGACAUUUGUGCAGAUGAGCCGUAUCCAGGAGGCUUUGCGGAACGGGAGUGUCGUCGAGGCACUCGCAUGGUGCCAAGAGAACAAGAAGGAGCUUCGUAAGAUGGAUAGUAACCUCGAGUUCAUGCUCCGCUUCCAGCAGUACAUCGAGCUAGUCCGCACCCAAUCCCAGCCGAAACUCCUCGAGGCCAUAGCCCACGCCAAACGAUACCUCCUCUCCUACAAGUCGGUCUACCCCGAGGACCUCAGCCGCGCCUUCGGCCUGCUGGCCUAUUCGCCAAACGCCGCAACGGACGUCUACGCCGACCUCUACUCCGACGACCGCUGGCACACCCUCGCCGACCUCUUCACCACAACCCACAACUCCCUUCUCAUGCUCCCCUCCUUCCCGCUCCUCCACAUCGCCCUCUCUUCGGGCUUGUCCGCCCUCAAGACUCCGGCCUGCCACUCGGCCAACUCCUCCCACGUCGCCCCCUCCGAGACAACCGCGACCAACGCCGCCGCCACCGCCGGCACCCAGUCCGUCUGCCCCAUCUGCUCCACCGAGCUCAACGACCUCGCACGCAACGUCCCCUACGCGCACCACACGAAGAGCUACGUCGAGCACGACCUGCUGCUGCUGCCGAACAGCCGCGCCUACGGCAAGGAGCGCCUCGAGGACUACGCCAAGAAGUCGGGCCUGCCGCCGGACCAGGUCAGGGAUCUGAGGACAGGCGAGGUGUAUCCCGCGGACAAGCUCAAGAAGGUCUUCAUCACAUGA